CGUGCCUCUGUCGUCGUCGACGAGUCGUGUGGUCAUUUUGAGGCAACCAGCGCUUCCCCGAGGCCAAGAGGCGAUGGCAUCCCCGAACGACAUCGAUACAAUGCAACGCCCUGCCGGCAACAACGUCGCUGAAGAAGCUACCAAGCCUGCCCCGACGGAGCAUGUUUCGUUCUCCGCAGACUCGAUCAAGUCGGUUGUCCAUGAACAAUUGGACUCCGCGAGCAACUUGACCGCGGCCGCCCGCCACAACAUCUUCAAAGCGGGCACCGCAGUGUGGACUACGGUCAAGCAGCCCUUGACGGAAGUGGUGCAAAUGAUCCGCAAUGCCAACUCACCGGCGACAGGAACUCCCUUGCGCAAGUCGAUUGCAGACGUUCGAGUGGCGGCCAGCAACACGCUUGUGUCUGUCGAGACCACGGUCAAGGACGCGGAAACGUCCUUGGAAAAGAACCUCGUACCCGUCAAGGAAGCCAUGGCGGUCGUCCAAGACAGUUCGUCGAGACUCCUGUCAUGCUGACCAUGGAUCCUGACGCUUGUGUUCACAGACGCGAACAAGUUCAACACAUUCCGCAAGGCGUACCCUGCUGUCGUCGUCGGCGGGGCCGCCUUCAUCGUCGGUCUCCCAACGCUCCUCCUCCGUGGCAAAGUGCGUGGUGUUGUCAACGCGAUUGGCGCGGCUGGUCUCUCUGCCGGCGCCAUCUACGGUGCCGACGAAUGGGAAAAGCUGCACGAGCAAAAGGCCUAAACCGAGGCAGCCAGCGCUCUUUUAUCUAUAGUUUCACGCGGUGGUCGAUCCCACAUGUACUGUUAACUACAACCUCCUUUGGCACACCUUCCAUGGUGCGCACCUUGUCUUUGGCGUCCAUCUCAACGGCCACCGUGCUCGGUCUAACUCGCCCCGCUCAUCUCGAACGACGAAGAG